CUUGCGAGCAACCCUGUCCAUCAUCCCCCGAAACUGGGUGCACGUCACACCCUAGUCGUGCAUUCCAACUUGGAACGUCGACUGGCUCGCGCGUAAGCGUCAUUCCGUUUCACUGUGGGGUCAAAUCAGUGGAAUAAGAAGUGUCAAAGUGGGAAAACGUCGACUAGAACAGUUCAAGGGUCGUACGAUUAAUUCCGCAAGGAUGGAAGAGGGUGUGCGUCGGCGGAUCGGACGGCAAGAAAGGAAGUUCACUUAUUGGCCAGCGUCUGCGUCCUCAUAUUGAUCUGUUAGGGGUGGCUUCGCGGAGUGUCUACGGGUGGGACACCUGAAAACUGUCCGAAAAUGUAUUUUUGUUUGCGACUCGCACGUUUCCUUCUCGCCUCGGCGGUCUUCUGCGUUGUUCUCUGCUCCGAAGAUGAGGAGAGGUUGGUGCGAGAUUUGUUCCGAGGGUACAAUAAACUCAUCAGGCCCGUGCAGAACAUGACGGAGAAGGUGCACGUGAAUUUUGGCCUCGCCUUCGUGCAGCUGAUCAACGUGAACGAGAAGAAUCAGAUUAUGAAGUCGAACGUAUGGCUGAGAUUUAUUUGGACAGAUUAUCAACUGCAGUGGGACGAGGCAGAUUAUGGUGGAAUCGGAGUUCUUAGAUUGCCGCCAGAUAAAGUCUGGAAACCGGAUAUCGUAUUGUUUAACAACGCUGACGGGAACUACGAGGUGCGGUACAAAAGCAACGUUUUAAUUUACCCAAACGGCGACGUUCUCUGGGUUCCGCCCGCCAUUUACCAGAGUUCCUGCACGAUCGACGUCACGUACUUCCCCUUCGACCAGCAAACGUGCAUCAUGAAGUUCGGCUCGUGGACAUUCAACGGCGACCAGGUCUCACUGGCUCUUUACAACAACAAGAACUUCGUCGACUUGUCCGAUUACUGGAAGAGCGGUACCUGGGACAUUAUCAACGUCCCGGCUUACCUGAACACGUACAAAGGCGACUUCCCUACGGAGACGGACAUCACCUUCUACAUCAUCAUCAGACGCAAGACUCUGUUCUACACGGUGAACUUGAUCCUGCCCACGGUUCUCAUCUCGUUCCUCUGCGUUCUGGUCUUCUACCUUCCAGCCGAGGCCGGCGAGAAAGUCACGCUAGGGAUCAGUAUUCUGCUAUCACUGGUCGUGUUUCUGUUGCUGGUCAGCAAGAUCCUGCCGCCGACGUCCCUGGUACUUCCCCUGAUCGCCAAAUACCUUCUGUUCACCUUCAUUAUGAACACUGUCAGUAUUCUGGUAACCGUGAUCAUCAUCAAUUGGAAUUUCCGUGGGCCAAGAACACACAGGAUGCCGCAGUUGAUCAGAAAGAUAUUCUUGAAGUAUCUACCGACGAUCCUGAUGAUGAGAAGACCGAAAAAGACUCGUUUGAGGUGGAUGAUGGAAAUCCCGAACGUCACGUUGCCCACUUCUACUUAUUCCGGAAGCCCGACGGAGCUGCCGAAACAUUUGCCAGCGUCAUUGACCAAAUCAAAGAUGGAGGUCAUGGAACUGUCCGAUCUGCAUCAUCCGAAUUGUAAGAUUAACAGGAAAGUUCAUCAUACUACUAGUGGAUCGAGCGCAGCCGGUGGGGAAGGAUUGACUGACAGGAGGGGAUCUGAGAGCUCGGAUUCGGUGUUGCUCAGUCCGGAAGCUAGCAAGGCUACGGAGGCAGUGGAGUUCAUCGCUGAACACUUGAGAAACGAAGAUCUGUACAUACAGACAAGAGAGGAUUGGAAGUAUGUAGCGAUGGUGAUCGAUCGGCUGCAGCUUUACGUCUUCUUUCUGGUGACCACCGCGGGUACCAUCGGGAUCCUCAUGGACGCGCCUCACAUUUUCGAGUACGUCGACCAGGAUCGCAUUAUAGAGAUCUACCGUGGAAAAUAAAUCCAGAAAAAAUCUAGCGAAUUACUAAAGAACGGCGUGCCGUUUCAGUGCUGCCGUCAUUUUUCAUUUCAUCUGACAUCUCUCAUCGAGGUUCAUUCACUUCAUGUAAAAAUACGUGUAUCUGGUAUUCGAAGUCGAGCAGUAGCACGUGCUCAAAAUUCUUUUAAUCUGUUAUACGUUGUAUUACGUCGGGAACUUUUCAAUUUUAGGAAAUCCUUUGUAAACAAUCUUCGUGUUAAAGGUAUUUAUUUUCAUCUCUUAAUUGUUAUUAGAAGAAUAAAGUUUCAUGAAAGGAUUGCGUAUCGAUAUUGAUGAGGACAAGGAAAACUCCGGACGGAAAUACUCAUCUAAAUUUUUAUAACGAUCAAUCCUUUCUUUAUUUUAUACCGACGAACAACAGUCGAGAUAAAAAGAACUCGUGAAACUGUCAAGGGACGAAGCUUGUGUGAUCGAUUUCAUCGAUUAAAAUUAUAGAAUACAAUUUUCUAAAUUAUUAAAAGAUAUUCCGGUUUAUUUGCUUAUGCCAAUUGAAUGAAAUUAAUUUCAUAAAUUCUUAGACAAAUCAAUUGUUUUUCAGAUUAUGUAUUGAGUAGAAUUCUAAUUACUUUACAAGUUAAUCAUAAUUGCACCCGUUAAUUGUCUUCCUUGAACAACUUCGUCACGAGUAUGUUAAAAAUGUGCGAUGAAUACGAAUAACGAUUUUAAGAGAAACGAAUAUCCUAUUGACCAAGCAUCCUAGACGAGCAACUGGUUAAUUGGGAUUAAUGAUAAGCAUAGAGCGUAGAUAUCAAAUAAUUUUGAUAUUAAUCGUGCGAAUUACUCUGUUGCCAUUAUUAUAAUCUAGCAGGAAUUAAAUCAUCGCGAAUGGAGAAUCGAAGGGUCGUGACAAUCGUUCAUCAAUCGACUGUACCUCGACUUUUCUAUUUCGUUCUUCCUGAAAUUUGAGAAGAUUAUUUUACAAUCGAAUAAAAUAUUCAACUCACAUUUAAAUUCAAUUGUCAAGCGUGAAAAUUUAAUAGAAAUCCAAAUAAGGAAAUCUGUGCUUGAGGCUUUCCCAAAUAUCUCAGCUGUCGAAAACGGAAUUUCAAUACGCGACUCGAUGCUCGAACAGUUCUUCAUCAACGUAUGAAAAACUGAAUCGUCGCGUCGCGUUCAACGGAAAGAAACGCACAUUAGAAAGCACAACGUCGCGACCCCGAGCAUUUAAUCUUUAAUUAAAAUGGAAGAAAUGAAAGAGUUUGGAAAUAUCGUAUCGUAUGAUAUUCGACGCUACCUGUAAUAUUGUACAGAUUAUUGUUAAAACGGUCAUGUUUUCUCUAAUAGAAAAGUUUUGCUCCGAGCGCGAGAGAAUGUUUACGGUUACCGAUUUCUAACGAUCGUUAAUUUUCUUAUAUUGUAUCAUAUGUAUGUAUCGCCUACACUUGUACCUCGCGAAUCGUCCCGAUUGUUAAGUACAAUUAUAUGAAGUGUUAUCA